CGGGCAGGUUGGGCUCGGCCCCUGCCAGCGCGCCCCGCCCAGGCUCCUCGGAGGGUGCGGGUUGUGUGGGGCGGAUCGAGCCCGAGACCUGGCCGGCUUCGCCAAGGGCUGACGCGCCCGCCGGAGAAAAGUUGUGCCUUGACCUUCUCUCGCCUGGUGAUUUGUCCCCGGGUCCCCAGGCUGAGUGGAAGCCAGGGCCGGAGGUCACCGCGUCCAGACGCCAGAGGGCAACUGCCCGGGCGUCCGGAGUUGGGUGUUGGGCCCGGCAGGAGCCGACUCUGCCCCCGCGGUUAGUGCCCUGAGCCCCGGCAGCUCGGUUGUCCCUGGGACCUCCGCACAAACUUUCUGACUGUCGAGGGGACACCGCGUGGCGGGAGGAUUCGUGGCCGCCCGGAGAUUUUGAGCCUUCUGGGGAUUUCCUGACAGAGUCAAAUGUUAGAGAUGUCCUUCGCACACCUUUGAAAGGUGAAGUGAGCGCACACAGCCCAAGAGUGUGCAGUGAAGACAGCACUCACAGAGAAGUGGUGGCAGAAGUUGGUUUAGUGGCUCCCAUUGCAUAUUCAAUUUGUUGAAUUCUGCUGUGAGGGCUUCAGGCAGUGAUGUCACCAAACCAGUUGUGAAACAGGUUUUGGGAAGAGACCAUGAAGACUGAAGAAGUUACAUUUUUCACAUGAUAAUUGAAGUUAAUGACUGCCUACAACAUUUUCAUGAAAAUUAAGUAUGACUUAGAAGUGUCAAAGGUUUAUGAUGUCAUCAGUUUCGACAGAAGGCAAACUCCAGCAGGCUGUCAGCCUGAAGGGCGUUGACCCAGAAACAUGCAUGAUUGUGUUUAAGAACCACUGGGCUCAGGUUGUGAAGAUCUUAGAGAAGCAUGACCCCUUGAAGAACACCCAGGCAAAAUAUGGAUCCAUCCCUCCAGAUGAGGCCAGCGCCGUGCAGAACUAUGUAGAACACAUGCUGUUCCUGCUCAUUGAAGAACAAGCCAAGGAUGCUGCGAUGGGGCCGAUUCUGGAGUUUGUGGUUUGUGAGAACAUCAUGGAGAAGCUCUUCCUCUGGAGCUUGAGGCGGGAAUUCACCGACGAAACCAAACUGGAGCAGCUGAAGAUGUACGAGAUGCUGGUCACCCAGUCGUACCAGCCCCUGCUGCACCAUAAGCCCAUCCUGAAGCCCCUGAUGAUGCUGCUGAGCUCGUGUUCGGGGACAACCACCCCCGCCGUGGAGGGAAAGCUGGUUGUCCUGCUCAACCAGCUCUGCUCCAUCCUUGCCAAAGACCCAUCUAUUCUGGAGCUCUUCUUCCACACCAGCGAGGACCAAGGGGCUGCCAACUUCCUCAUCUUCUCCCUCCUGAUACCCUUCAUUCAUCGAGAGGGCACAGUAGGCCAGCAAGCUCGGGAUGCUUUGCUCUUUAUCAUGUCUCUGUCCGCAGAGAACAGCAUGGUGGCCAAUCACAUUGUGGAGAACACCUACUUCUGUCCGGUACUUGCAACCGGACUCAGUGGCCUGUACUCAUCCCUGCCCACGAAGCUGGAAGAAAAGGGUGAGGAGUGGCAUUGCCUUCUGAAGGACGACUGGCUCCUGCUGCCCCCCCUCGUGCAGUUCAUGAACUCUCUGGAGUUCUGUAACGCUGUCAUCCAGGUGGCCCACCCCUUGAUCCGCUCUCAGCUCGUCAGCUACAUCUACAAUGGCUUCCUGGUUCCAGUCUUGGCUCCCGCCCUUCAUAAGGGGACCGUGGAAGAGGUCACGACCACAACUGCGUACCUGGACCUUUUCCUGCGCAGCGUCUCCGCGCCAGCACUGCUGGGGGCCUUCCUCCGCUUCAUCCUACUGCACCAGCACGAAAAUGUCCACAUCCUGGACACGCUCACCAGCCGGAUCAACACCCCUUUCCGGCUUUGUGUGGUGUCCCUGGCCUUGUUCCGAACUCUCAUCGGUUUGCACUGUGAAGAUGUGAUGCUGCAGCUGGUUUUAAGGUAUCUGAUCCCGUGCAAUCACAUGAUGCUGAGCCAAAGGUGGGCUGUGAAGGAAAGAGACUGUUACUCCAUGUCCGCGGCCAAGCUGCUUGCCUUGACCCCCGUCUGCUGUGCCAGUGGCAUCACCCUGACACUUGGGAACCAAGAAAGGGAUUAUAUUCUCUGGUCAAAGUGCAUGCAUGAUGGCUCAGGAACAGAGGAACAGCUGCUUCCAGAAACACCCUGCCCACCUUCCCCAACCACCCUUGUUUCCCCUCCCGCCCCGGCAGCCUGCAUUGUGGAGUAUGGGAAGACCCUGGACAUCAGCUACCUGCAGUACCUGUGGGAGGCCCACACCAACAUCCUCCACUGUAUGAGGGACUGCAGGGUGUGGUCAGCCCUCUAUGAUGGGGACUCGCCUGACCCUGAGACCUUUCUGCAGAGUCUGCCAGAGGAGAGCCGAGAAGGCUCGGCCUACCCAGAGGCCAGACUCCCUCAGCAGAGCACCAGGACAGCAGGGCGGGUGAAGGACAAGAACCAGUCGGAGCUGGAAUGGGACGACAGUUACGACACGGGUAUCUCGUCUGGGGCGGACGUGGGCUCUCCUGGGCCUUACGAUGAUGUGGAGACUCCAGCCCCACCAGCACCCGUGGACCCCCCCAAACACAUCCAAGAGAUGAAGAAGAACGCCAUCCUCCUCUUCAAAGGGUCCUACAUAGAAGAGUCAGACUUCCAGGAUGAUGUGAUGGUGUAUAGGCUGUGCGCCGAGAAGGACUCCGAGGACACCAGGGAGCCACAGGGGGCCACGGCCGACCUACCAGCCAAGGCCCAGCCCGAAGAAGAAGCCCAGAGUCCCCCCGUGAGCAAUGGACCUCUCUUUAGCCCCGAUCCUGAGGCAGAGCUGCAACCCAGCCCGGAGAGUUCAGACCUGUGUCAGGGUGUGUUCUCAGAAGCCACGCUAGAGUGUGACGCAGAUGCAGGCUUGGAUUCAAACUCGGAAUCGAUAGUCCCCACAUCUGAGGCAGAAGUCCAGUCAGACCUGCCGGCUGCCAACACAGAGAGUGAUAUCAUCGCACAGUACAACCAGAUCAUUCAAGAACUGGAUUCUGGCCCCGAGGGCUUGAUGGGCCAGACCAUCGCCACGGCCGACACCCUGCUUCUUACAAACCAGGACGAGAGGCGAGAGGAAGGCAAGGAAGAGGAGGAGGAUGACUUCGACUCCCUCAUGGCAGCAACUCCUGCUGUGGAGACUGUGCCGUCCCCGUUUGGCGUCAGAGAGGACACGGCCUUGCCCGGUCGCCAUCCCGUGAGGACUCAAAGCGCCCCGUUCACAGGUCCAUUCAUCAGCGUGGUCCUGUCGAAGCUGGAGAACAUGCUGGAGAACUCUCUGCAUGUCAACUUGCUUCUGAUUGGCAUCAUCACCCAGUUGGCCAGCUACCCGCAGCCACUCCUGCGCUCCUUCCUCCUCAACACCAACAUGGUCUUCCAGCCUAGCGUCCGCUCUCUCUACCAGGUCCUUGCAUCUGUGAAAAACAAGAUCGAGCAGUUUGCUUCCAUGGAGAGAGACUUCCCAGGGCUCCUCCUCCAAGCCCAGCAGUACCUGCUCUUCCGGGUGGACAUGUCUGAUGUGACCCCUGCAGCAUUCACCAAAGAUCCCACUCAAGAGGUCUCCAGGACAGAAAGUGACAAGACCCUAACGGAUGGCCCUCCACGCGUGUUUCAGCCCUUCCUGGGCAACAGAACCAAGGUGGCUGGGGCCCCCCCAAACCUGCCUCUGCCAGUGAAGAACACCAUGCUGGCUGCCGCUCUCUUCCCAGAGUUCCUGAAGGAGCUGGCAGCCUUGGCCCAAGAACACUCGAUUCUGUGUUACAAGAUCCUGGGGGACUUCGAGGACUCCUGCUGUUAGCUUUUUAUACUACUAUUUUAAUAGAUACUCGGUUUUAUAAGGUAAUAGCAUCAACUGAAUGUUAAAUGCAAAGCUGCUUAUCAAAACUGUCCACUUUGAUACUUCCUGACAAUACUUGAUUUGUAGCCGGGUCUCCCUUUGUUAUACGGAAUGUAAGUCUCUGAGCUGGCUGUCCCUGUGGCGGGUCUUUCUGCUGAGUUUUCCUCUUUACAAGGUUUAUAGCUGUUAUUCCAUCCCUGGGGUGGGGUCCUUCAGCUCGGAGCUCAGACAGCAGCGAGCACGCAGAGGUUCUGUGAUCUCUGCACACCGUGAUGGGGUCAGCUUUUCAGCAGCCCCAAGGAAGCUCCUCCACAGGGGCAUGCACACGCCUGCCCCCUCUACCCUCUGAAAAAUGCAAGAAGAGCGUGGAGCUCCGCCUGCCACAGGUACACCUCAUCUGCUGCUUCAAAUUUUACUUGUAGGACUUGCAGUCUCUCCACACGUAUUGCCUUAUGUUGUGGGAAAAUCCCCCAGCCCCAGCUGUCUGCCCAAAAAUUCGCACAGAAAGAAUUUGAAAUGUGGGGAGUUUUUUUUUUCUUGUUGCUUGAGAGCUUGCUCUAAUCAAGACCAAAACACAAGACAGCCUUAAUUUAGUACGAUUUGCACAAAAUGAAGCGUACCUAUGCAAACUCUUGACCUCAGGCAUGUGAUCAGGUGAACAGAGUGUGGUAUCAUAUACAAAAAUCCCAACCCUUAUUAUUUGUUUUAUG